UAUAAAAUAAAUUGAUUGAUUGAUUGACAUGCAACACCAGUAGCUUGCAAGGCUGCAACUUGCAAGCAGCAUGCCACUGGCGCUGGGCAAUGAGAAAUUUAGGAGGGUGUUUGUCUCCAGUUGUAGCCUAGAUAGGACGCCUUCCUUUUGGACCAAACGGUGGCAACAUUGAAGGCCCACCGUAAAGAUCUUUUCUAAAGUCGUGUUGCUGCAGGUGCUCUCCUGCGGUUGCAGAGAGGCAGAGAGGAGCUUGGCUUUUCGAAGUAUUGGUCAUUUGAUUAUCAAAGAGCAUCAGUCGAAGCUGGAAAAGCUGCACAAAAAGUGAUUUUUGGGCAUAGACAGCUGUGACCUGGACACAGCCUGGCCAUAAGACUCUACAGGUUUGGGAAUCAUGGCAACUCUUGCUGAUUCCUUCCUGGCGGAUCUGGAAGACCUGUCCGACAAUGAAGAAGGGUCUGAGGAAGAAUUGGAGGUCCCAGGGGAUGCUAUGGAGGAGGACCACGGCGAGGAAGAGAAGGACCUCGAGGCAGUCAAUCCUGAUGACCUGGACUCAAUUGCAAAGCUGCAGAAGGGGGAAAGAUACAACCGGGUCCUGAGGGAGGUUGAGGCCGGCCUCGAGAAGGACGGGAGCAACAUCGUGCGCGGGGUGGGGGUUGAGGACGACCCUGAGUACAAGCUGAUAGUGGAGGGGAACCAGGUGAUGGUGCAGAUCGACAACGAGAUUGGAGCCAUUCACAACUUCAUCCGGGACAAGUAUCGCACCAAGCUGCCGGAGCUGGAGUCGCUCGUGCUGCACCCCAUCGAUUAUGCCCGGGUGGUCAAAGCGAUCGGGAACGAGAUGGAUUUGACCCUAGUCGACUUGGAGGGCCUACUCCCGUCUGCCACCAUCAUGGUGGUGUCAGUUACGGCUUCCACCACCAGCGGCAAACCGUUGACGGACGAGGUCUACCAGAAGGUGAUGGACGCAUGCAACAGGAUACUCGACCUGGAUGCGGCCAAAAAGAAGAUCCUCAAGUUCGUGGAGAGCCGCAUGCUGUUCAUUGCCCCCAACCUGUCCGCGAUCGCGGGCAGCUCCAUCGCGGCCCGGCUGAUGGGCAUGGCCGGGGGCCUCGGCGCGCUCGCCAAGAUGCCGGCCUGCAACGUGCAACUCCUGGGGGCCAACCGGAAGAACCUCGCGGGCUUUUCGACUGCCACGCAGCUGCCGCACACGGGGCUCGUCUUCCACACGGAAAUUGUGCAGCAGACGCCGCCCGCGCUGCGCAUGAAGGCGGCGCGCCUCAUCGCUGGCAAGUGCACGCUUGCCGCUCGCGUGGAUCACACCCUGGGCGACACGACGGGCGGGCACGGGCAGGCGCUGAAAGACGAGAUCAUGAAGAAGAUAGAAAAGUGGCAGGAGCCGCCCCCGGCCAAGACGGCGAAGCCGCUGCCGGUGCCUGACGCAGAGCCGAAGAAACGGAGAGGAGGCAGGAGGAUGCGGAAGAUGAAGGAGAGGUACGCCGUCACCGAGAUGCGGAAGCUGGCCAACAGGAUGCAGUUCGGUGUGGCCGAAGAGACAGACCUCGGCGCGGGCAUCGGCGAGGGCUUCGGAAUGCUGGGGCAAGCAGGGAGCGGGAGGCUGCGUGUGCAAGCGGCGCAGAGCAACCUCAAGUCGAAAGUCGCAAAGAAGUUUGCUAAGGAAAAGUCGUAUGGUGGGGGUGGGGCCACGUCGGGCCUGUCGUCGAGUCUUGCGUUCACGCCUGUGCAAGGCAUUGAGCUCGCGGAUCCCUCGCAAGGGCGACGUGAGGCGCAGAUCAUGUCGGGGACUAGUUCGUACUUCUCCGAGACGGGAACUUUCUCCAAAGUAAAGAAGUAGUUAGGGUUUCUGCUUGAUCUAGACUUCACAUCGAAGAUGACGGCUUGUCUUGUACAGUAAUCCUUGCAACGGCCCUUAGACGGAACAACGUAGUAUUUCAGACGAAGCGAACAUCCAGGAGCCAUUGACAGAGCCUUGUCGAGUACCUGCGUAUGAGCAUCACUGAAAAACAUAUGAGGAGAAGGCUUCGACUUGCAACGAAUCUCAUGUGCAUACCUUGAAUGAAUCCGUUGUUAUUGCUAUCA